CUAAACCUAAAUAACACUAAAAAAAUCCAAUGAUAAUAAUCACACGCACAGGAUAGGUUAACUAUUUGGUAGCCAUAACAAUAAUGAACCAAAAUUACCGACCUGUGGUCUCAUUGAAUAAAAUUCAUAUAUGUAUGUAGAUAUUAUAUGGAAGUGUCACAGUUAGUUUAACAAGCCCCGUCCGAUACAUAAAUUUGUAUAGAAAAUGACUUUUAUCUUGCCUAUUGUAUGUUUUUCGAACGAAUUAAGCUCUUUUGAUCCUAAUAUAUAGGAAUAAAAUAUACUACGUCAGUGGCAAACAAGCUUACGGCCUGCCUGAUGGUAAGCAGUAUCCGUAGCCUAUGUACGCCUGAAACUCCAGAGGAGUUACAUGCGCGUUGCCGACCCUAACCCCCUCCCACCCCUCGUUGAGUUGAUUUUUGCAGUUGCCUUGACCAUGUCAUCCGGCCAUUAUGGAUGGACCUUAUGGAGGGGGCUCCCACCCUCGUUGAGCUCUGGCAACCUUACUCACCGGCAGGAACACAACACUAUGAGUAGGGUCUAGUGUUAUUUGGCUGCGAUUUUCUGUAAGGUGGAGGUACUUCCCCAGUUGGGCUCUGCUCUAGAUCUGGAAUGACAUCCGCUGUGCUGUGCCCUACCACACAGAGCGAGAUGACAUUCACAAUGCCCAUACCUCUCUUCUGGACGUAGUUUAAGGACAUACCCGGGUCCAAAAUAUGUAUAACUUGAUAUUAAACUGUUUUGUUACCUUUUAUAUUGAAUAAACUUCAAAAUAUAGAUAACAUUAUCUCUUAGGACAAAAUAUGUAACAUAAUAUUUUUUUAUUUGCGAAAUGCUAAUUUAAAAACCUCAUCCCAACAAAAACAAAAAUGAAAAAAUACAAAAAGAAAUUCCGUCGCCGGGAUUCGAACCCAUAACCACUAGCUAGAACUGGAUCACUACCUACCAAAACCCGCCAGGCUACACCGGUUGUCAAUUUUAGUACUGAGAUACAAAGAGAGCGCCACUAGUAUAAACGAACUUUUGAAAGGGACAUUUUUUUGUACGGAGUUAUCGUUCUUCGAGUGAGUAUUAUAUUCUUUGGACUAACAUACAUAGCUAGUUUCGGAUGCAAAUUAGACAAAAUUAGUUUCCUUAAUAUGCUUUAAGAGGGCUCUCUUUUCCUAUAUACUCUUACUUUACUCUUUGAUCUACUUGAAAUGUUCGAAUGUAUGUUUUUUUUACACUCUGUGGUAGUUUACAUUCCCCGCGCUUUCGGACACGAAGUUUGGGACAUGGGACGCCAUUACUGGCAUCAUUUUUUGUCCGUUGAAAAAUAAUGACCAAAAUCGGAUAUUAUUCUUAAUUUAUAAUUCUGUUUAAACUGAUUUUUUAUCGUGUGGUGUACUAAGACAAUUCGCUUAGAUUCUUUUUGAAGAUUAUGCUAUGUUUAUCGCGUAAACCGGCUCAGAAAACUUGACACGAACAUGGCGGGACGGCUGGUGGUGCUGGACCGCGCGGGGCGCGCCAAGACCAAGAGCUUCGUGCUGGGCUCGGGGAUGUGCACGCUGGGGCGCAGCACCGCCUGCGACAUCCGCGUGCUGCUGCCCGAGGUCAGCCCGCACCACGCCACCGUCACAGUGCAUGCUAAUCAGACUGUGGUGCGGAACGUUGGAUCGGGAACUACACAAGUGAAUGGUGCACCAGUGAGUGUGUGCGCCCUCCAACAUGGAGAUGAAUUAGACAUAUGUGGCCGCAAACUGCGCUGGGAGUAUGACACUCCUCAAGCACCGAAACGGAACAGGACACAGUCAGGUAACAUGUUUAAUACUAUUUACACUGGUUGCAUGAGCAACUGUUUUUUAUCCAUUGUUUCACAGUCAAUUCCUCACUUAAGGCUCAUUUUUCCAUGGUCGUAUCAAUCAAAAAUUUCACUACACUCUCUUAGUUGUUCAAAAACGAAUGAAAAUUUUAUCCACAAGAGCGGCAAAGCACUUGGUGCAAUUUUUGAGCUAUUUUCUUUGGCUGGUAGAAUUGACAAAGAACAGUACUACUAUCUCUCUAUUAUCUCCCAUCUUUUGUAUUCUUUGCCUGCUUGCCCUUCGGCAAAGGCCUCCUCCAACCUUCUCCACUCUCUCCGAUCUAUUGCCACUCUGCUCCAGGUUGGUAUUACAAAAUGUAUGUGUGUGGGCGCAGCGCUGGCGCCGGCGCCGCCGCCGCCGCCGCGGGCGCCGCGCCGCGGCACGCUGGCGGCGCCGCCGCGCCCGCCCGACCGCGACGUGCAGUUGGCUCUCGAACUGCGACAUCGCGCCUCCAUGCCUGCAAGCUCAGGUGCAGGCGGGAAGCAAGUGGCGAUUGUUCAACCUCAGAGGAGAAAUACUGAUAACCAGAAUGAGGGUACGAGUCCACGCCUGGUGGUGUCUCCGCACCGGCCGCACCGGCCGCCGGCGGAGCAAGCUGCGCCCGCGCCUGGCUCCGGCGCCGCGCAAGUCCGCCGGCCAGAGCCUACACACGCCCACCAAGGUCACAUAUACAUUACUAGUAGUGUCUCCGCACCGGCCGCCGGCGGAGCAAGCUGCGCCCGCGCCGGCUCCGGCGCCGCGCAAGUCCGCCGGCCAGAGCCUACACACGCCCACCAAGGUCACAUAUACAUUACUAGUAGUGUCUCCGCACCGGCCGCCGGCGGAGCAAGCUGCGCCCGCGCCGGCUCCGGCGCCGCGCAAGUCCGCCGGCCAGAGCCUACACACGCCCACCAAGGUCACAUAUACAUUACUAGUAGUGUCUCCGCACCGGCCGCCGGCGGAGCAAGCUGCGCCCGCGCCGGCUCCGGCGCCGCGCAAGUCCGCCGGCCAGAGCCUACACACGCCCACCAAGGUCACAUAUACAUUACUAGUAGUGUCUCCGCACCGGCCGCACCGGAGCAAGCUGCGCCCGCGCCGGCUCCGGCGCCGCGCAAGUCCGCCGGCCAGAGCCUACACACGCCCACCAAGGUCACAUAUACAUUACUAGUAGUGUCUCCGCACCGGCCGCACCGGAGCAAGCUGCGCCCGCGCCGGCUCCGGCGCCGCUGUCUCCGCACCGGCCGCACCGGAGCAAGCUGCGCCCGCGCCGGCUCCGGCGCCGCGCAAGUCCGCCGGCCAGAGCCUACACACGCCCACCAAGGUCACAUAUACAUUACUAGUAGUGUCUCCGCACCGGCCGCACCGGAGCAAGCUGCGCCCGCGCCGGCUCCGGCGCCGCGCAAGUCCGCCGGCCAGAGCCUACACACGCCCACCAAGGUCACAUAUACAUUACUAGUAGUGUCUCCGCACCGGCCGCCGGCGGAGCAAGCUGCGCCCGCGCCGGCUCCGGCGCCGCGCAAGUCCGCCGGCCAGAGCCUACACACGCCCACCAAGGUCACAUAUACAUUACUAGUAGUGUCUCCGCACCGGCCGCACCGGAGCAAGCUGCGCCCGCGCCGGCUCCGGCGCCGCUGUCUCCGCACCGGCCGCACCGGAGCAAGCUGCGCCCGCGCCGGCUCCGGCGCCGCGCAAUUCCGCCGGCCAGAGCCUACACACGCCCACCAAGGUCACAUAUACAUUACUAGUAGUGUCUCCGCACCGGCCGCCGGCGGAGCAAGCUGCGCCCGCGCCGGCUCCGGCGCCGCGCAAGUCCGCCGGCCAGAGCCUACACACGCCCACCAAGGUCACAUAUACAUUACUAGUAGUGUCUCCGCACCGGCCGCACCGGAGCAAGCUGCGCCCGCGCCGGCUCCGGCGCCGCGCAAGUCCGCCGGCCAGAGCCUACACACGCCCACCAAGGUCACAUAUACAUUACUAGUAGUGUCUCCGCACCGGCCGCACCGGAGCAAGCUGCGCCCGCGCCGGCUCCGGCGCCGCUGUCUCCGCACCGGCCGCACCGGAGCAAGCUGCGCCCGCGCCGGCUCCGGCGCCGCGCAAGUCCGCCGGCCAGAGCCUACACACGCCCACCAAGGUCACAUAUACAUUACUAGUAGUGUCUCCGCACCGGCCGCACCGGAGCAAGCUGCGCCCGCGCCGGCUCCGGCGCCGCGCAAGUCCGCCGGCCAGAGCCUACACACGCCCACCAAGGUCACAUAUACAUUACUAGUAGUGUCUCCGCACCGGCCGCACCGGAGCAAGCUGCGCCCGCGCCGGCUCCGGCGCCGCUGUCUCCGCACCGGCCGCACCGGAGCAAGCUGCGCCCGCGCCGGCUCCGGCGCCGCGCAAGUCCGCCGGCCAGAGCCUACACACGCCCACCAAGGUCACAUAUACAUUACUAGUAGUGUCUCCGCACCGGCCGCACCGGAGCAAGCUGCGCCCGCGCCGGCUCCGGCGCCGCGCAAGUCCGCCGGCCAGAGCCUACACACGCCCACCAAGGUCACAUAUACAUUACUAGUAGUGUCUCCGCACCGGCCGCACCGGAGCAAGCUGCGCCCGCGCCGGCUCCGGCGCCGCUGUCUCUGCACCGGCCGCACCGGAGCAAGCUGCGCCCGCGCCGGCUCCGGCGCCGCGCAAGUCCGCCGGCCAGAGCCUACACACGCCCACCAAGGUCACAUAUACAUUACUAGUAGUGUCUCUGCACCGGCCGCACCGGAGCAAGCUGCGCCCGCGCCGGCUCCGGCGCCGCGCAAGUCCGCCGGCCAGAGCCUACACACGCCCACCAAGGUCACAUAUACAUUACUAGUAGUGUCUCCGCACCGGCCGCACCGGAGCAAGCUGCGCCCGCGCCGGCUCCGGCGCCGCUGUCUCUGCACCGGCCGCACCGGAGCAAGCUGCGCCCGCGCCGGCUCCGGCGCCGCGCAAGUCCGCCGGCCAGAGCCUACACACGCCCACCAAGGCGACGCUGUGGAUCGAGUCCCGCCGCGGCCGCGCGCGCGCCACGUCGCUGCGCACUGCGACGCCGCUGCGCCUCGCCGUGCUGCGCAAGGCGCUCACUCCGGCCCCGAGACCGACCAAAGUGCGCGUCACCAAGAUACAGGCGCCGCUGCGUAUUGGUCAGUCUGCCUCCCUACGUUAUUAUUCCAACAGGCGACGCUGUGGAUCGAGUCCCGCCGCGGCCGCGCGCGCGCCACGUCGCUGCGCACUGCGACGCCGCUGCGCCUCGCCGUGCUGCGCAAGGCGCUCACCUCCGGCCCCGAGACCGACCAAAGUGCGCGUCACCAAGAUACAGGCGCCGCUGCGUAUUGGUCAGUCUGCCUCCCUACGUUAUUAUUCCAACAGGCGACGCUGUGGAUCGAGUCCCGCCGCGGCCGCGCGCGCGCCACGUCGCUGCGCACUGCGACGCCGCUGCGCCUCGCCGUGCUGCGCAAGGCGCUCACUCCGGCCCCGAGACCGACCAAAGUGCGCGUCACCAAGAUACAGGCGCCGCUGCGUAUUGAUCACACCAAACAAGCAGCAAUAAUGCUGAUGACGGGCCACACGCCGAAGCCCAAGCCGCCCGGCGCCAGGACGCCCGGCGCCAGGACGCCCGGCGCCAGGACGCCCGGCGCCAGGACGCCCGGCGCCAGGACGCCCGGGUUCGUGGCCAAGCGCCGGAGCCCGGCCGCGCGCGCUCCGGCCCGCGGCUCCACUCCGCGGCCCUCCGCGAGGAAGAGCCGCAAGAGGGGCGAGGGGAGGCACUCGGUGUCGGUCCUAGACAUCACGGACUCGGAGACAUCGGCCCGCUCGGCCGCCCUACCGAACCCCCCCAAGUCCGCUCUCAAGUCCGGUCGAUCGCGCAAGACAGAAUCUAUCAAAUUCGACCUUAGCAAUCUCGAGAAUCACUCGGAGGACGACGAUAUACUUAUGGUAUCGAGCACUACAAGAGACGCCACCGAGAAUGUCACUUUACGGUACUCCAGUUCUCCUCCGUCGCCGUCUCCGCGCCGCUCCAUACAUUCCCGGAGCGAACGAAUGCUACAAAGCCUGGGGUCCCCGCUCCGAUCGCCGACGAGAACUAGAACGUCCGCCUCCGCCUCGCCCGCGUCCCCCCGCUCUAUGAAAUCGGCGAGAGGGUCGAUUAUUAUUCAAAAAGCUCUGGAAAGCUCGGACACGUUCGUUACCGAGUACAGCAACAAAAGUGGAUCCCCUUGUCGGGACCUGGAAGCUUACUCCGUGGUGGACCUCGUGUCCUUGGAGUCGUCGUCGUCGCGCUCGGCGUACGGCUCGGCGGGCUCCCCGCGCCGCGCGGGGUUCGGCGCCAGCACGCCGCGGCCGGGCCGCGCGCCGCCGGGGGGGCCGCGAGCCACGCCGGACGGCUCGCGAGCGGCGCCGGACGGCUCGCUCGCGACGCCCAUGGACGCCACGCUCACGACGCCGGACAAUGCCCCGAGAGCGCCGACACGAAGCACUAGGAAAUCCCAAGGCGCUCGCGGCCGCUCUAGACUCGACGAUAGCACGAGAACGAUAGACUCCCUAGAGGAUGACUCCCCUAAAUCAUCGAGGAAACUAGUUAAAUCGGCCUCGAAGCGCUCCCGGAGUCUCACCGACAGCUAUCCUGAAUCUCAGACCUACGUCUCUCUUGAUUCAUCCCACGGUGAUAUCUCGACUACGGCGAAACGUGGAUCUCGCAGUCGACUCGACCCUAGCGAUUUGCUCGAGUCUCCUGACAACAUUUCCAUUGAAUCUAUGAAGAGAUCGCUGAGCAGGGUGCUCUCUGCUUCGAAACGUAGCCCUCGUCCUCGGGACCACACGUUCGAGGAAUCCCCAAAAGGAAUUUCGCCGAGAAAUUCUAAAGCGCGAUCACCUCCGAAGCGCAGUUCUCGUGGCGAUGCCACCGUCACGCUGGGAUCGCCGACAGACAAUAUUUCUAUUGGCUCUUUGCAAGAAUCAUUAGGUAAGAAGCUUUCCGCUUCACGCUCCCGUAGUCGCCUGGACGACAGCUCUCUGCUCGAAUCUCCGAAAGUUUCGGCUAACUCGACAAGAAAAUCUCUUGGAAAGACUCUUUCUGCCUCUAAACGUGGCUCGCGCAGCCAAAUUGACAAUAUCACUCUUGAAUCGCCAGAAAAUGUUUCAGCUAGAUCUUCAAGAAAAUCUUCAGGAAAGUCACUUGUGAGAUCUCCAGAAAAUGUCUCUGUUAAAUCUACAGGAAAAUCCGCAAGGAAAUCACCGUCUCCAACCAAACGCAGUUCUCGAAGUCAACUUGACUCUAGUGCUCCUUUGGAAUCUCCAAAAACUAAUAUUUCAAAUGCGUCAAGAAAAUCUGCAAGUAAAACCCCCUCUCCUUCAAAACGGACUUCUCGUUGCCAACUCAAUAACACUGCAUCGCUAAAGUCUCCAGUCCUGGUUAAUUCUUCGAGAAAAUCUCAUGGAAAAGCCUUAUCCGCUUCAAAACGCAGCUCACGAAGUCAAGUUGUUAGUAUCCUCAGUUCACCGACUGAUUUGACUGAUUCAACUAGGAAUUCAACAGGAAAGUCUUUUGCUUCAACACGCGGAUCUCGCAGUAAACUUAUUGACAGCGUGUUAUCUCCGCAACUUGAUACCUUGUCUGACUCAACAAGGAAAUCAUUAGGAAAGAUACUGUCUGUUUCAAAACGUGGCUCACGUAGUCAACUCGUCGAAACUAUCCUCAGCUCUCCAGAAACUGAAGCCUUGGCCGAUUCGACUCGAAAAUCUGUAGCAAAGACACCGGCAAAACGCGGUUCUCGAAGUCACGUCGAAGGUAUUCUCAGUUCUCCUGAAGCUACGAAUAAUUCUCCUAGAAAGUAUGCAGAGAAGUCUCUUUUUACUUCAGAAGACGUCGAAAGUGUUCUCUGUUCGCCUGACGCUACGAAUAAUUCUAGUAGAAAGUCUACAGGAAAGUCCCUUUCUGCUUCAAAACGUGGAUCUCGCAGCAAAAUUAUUGACAGUGUGUUAUCGCCACAACUUGAUACCUUAGCUCACUCUACAAGAAAAUCAUUAGGCCAAACAUUAUCGGCCUCAAAACGUAGUUCACGUAGCCAAGUCAUUGUAAGCGUAUCUCCGAAACUUGAUGCUUCUGCGAAUUCUACGAGACAAUCAACAGUAUUGACUGAUUCAAAACGCGCUUCACGCCUAGCCGAUAGUCCAUUUAAUUCUCCUAAAGCUUUGGCAGAUUCUACGAGAAAAUCUUUGGGUAAAACACCUAAGCGUGGUUCUCAAAGCCAACUGGAUAGUCGUGCCACAUUAGAAUCUCCAAAAGACUCAAGAACAUCUCCAAAAGAUGCGAACAACUCAGCAAGAAAUUCCGCAGGAAAGACACUCUCUACUUCAACUCGUAACUCUCGCAGUAAAAUUAUCGAUAGCGUCCUAUCUACGCAACUUGAUGUUUUAUCAGAUUCUACUAGAAAAUCUCUAGGAAAGAGUCUUUCUACUACAAAACCAGGUUCUAGAUGUCAACUUGUUGAUAUUGCAAGUCCCAGAGAUGUUUCCACAAGGAACUCUGCAGGGAAAUCACCCUUCCCUUCAAAACGUUCGCGUAGCCAACUUAAUUAUAGUGUUCCGACUGAAUCUCCGAGAAACACAUCCAGAAAGUUCAGAGCUGAAACACCGACGACAGGUCGUAGGACAAGAAGUCUUCCUAUCGAAUCACCUAAAGAUGCCAAGAAACCGCGCGGCAGUGCUAUCGCUACCUCAAAACGUAGCAUUCGUGAAGUUGCUGCCAGUCCCGUUGUGUCCCCUAGAGGAAAUGUUUCGCCUCCAUCGAGUAAAUCGGCGAAAUCCCCAUCGAUUAUACCGCUGGCGUCUCCCAAAGUAGCAUCGCCGAGUAAAUCUCCAAAAUCGCCUGCAAAGUCGCCUGUGAUAUCGCCUAAAGUCUCUAAAGCGAGAACUUCGAGAAAAACACUUUCUGUAUCUAUUACCAGCGCUCGCAAUGAGACUGUGAUGGAUGGAGAAGUGACUCCAGAAGAACGAGGAAGCCCCGAAGAUGCCGGCACACCCAUACUUAGCAUUCGAAGCCUUUUGGACGCUACUGUGUCCGAUUCUCCGGGCGAACCUCCUCGCAAACGAGGAAGAAUUUCUGCGCUUGAAAAGAGGAAAACAUUCGGCGCUCACAACGCGCCUAGAAGCGCUCGUGGCUCUAUUCGAUCCAAAUCUUUGAUCUUAGUUCGGGAUACAGGAGAUGUGACGCCCACAGGAGUCGCCGAACCGACUCCGGAGGCGGUCAAAAGCAAACAUUCAUCGGCAAAGAAGAGUCGAUCGCGUCGCUCCAUUAUUGAUAACCUGGACGACUCCGGCUUAGUGAAACAUUUGUUCAACAGUCCCGUGAAACGGAAACUAUCGCAGAGCAUGAGCGAAUUCUCACGCCGCCUCGAAGAACACGAGGAAACCAGCCCCGACGUUAGCGGCGUCAAGAGAUUAUUCACCAAGAAAUCACCCAGAAACGAACUCGGAGACUUUAACGGCGUGAGGCGACUAAUGCGUACGCCGCGCGCGCGGCGCUCUAUAAAGAACGACUUAACCGACGUGGCCGGCGUGAAGGUCAUGUUCGCGGCCGUCCCGCGAGACAGCUUCGGCGACGUCCGGGGCGUCAAGCGGGCCUUCCAGGCUUCGCCCAAAGACGAUUUACGCCAAGUCUCCGGCGUUAAGAGCUUGUUUAACGAGAAGAAACCUCGCGACGAUCUGUCCGACGUGCGUGGAGUGCGGGAGCUGUUCAAACGCGGCUCGAGGAACGAGCUCGACGCGUCAGGAGUCAAGGACGCGUUACAAGUGAAGAGUCCAAAGAACGAUCUUCGAGACGUGCGCGGGGUGAAGAGGCUUUUCGGACAAUCGAGGGCGGGGACGUCUCCGAACGUGAGCGGGGUGGCCAGUUUACCGGACGAGCCGACGCCGGCGGAGGCGAUGUUCGACCGACUCGCGGGCAGGCCGCCCGGGCGAGCGACCUACUCCAGGACCUUCGCGGCCCGGUCGGCUCAGAAACCGGCCCGACGCCGCCGCACCGCGUCCCUCAGCCUGGACGCCAUCGUCGGCGACGUCGAAGGCUGGCUGGAGAGGGAGCUGCGGCGGCGCGCGGGCGGCGCCGCCAGCCGCGAGCUGCGGCAGCUGGCCACGGCGACCGUGGCGGGCGGCGCGCCGCUGCUCGCGUCGCGCUCGCGCCACAGCGGCGCCCCCCGGCGCUCCGCGGCGGAGAGCUACGCGGAGCACACGCUGCCGCUCAAGAAGCGCUCGCUGGAGCAGGCCGCGAAGAAGACGCUGCCGCUGAAGAAGCGCGCGCUGGUGCACUCCACGCCGCUGCGGGGCCGCGCCUCGCGCGCCGCGGACGCCACGCCGGCGCGCGUGUCGCCCAUCGCGGCGCAGAGUAUCCGAGAACCCGCUCCGGGAUCUCCAUCUGUUGUCCUCGAUUCGCCUAAAGAACCCAAAAUAUCCGAAGCACCUGAACCUGAAAAAGUGGAAAAGGAUGAAAGUGUAAAGCCUUCGCCGAAGAAGACUCGCUCGAAACGGGCAGAGGAAGCCGCCAGCGGCCAGCGAGCCCCGCGCCGUGGCAAAAAAGCGGCCAGCCCUAAGAAGAAACCACCUAAGAGAGCUGUAGCGGACAAGAAAGCGCUCGAAACUGUCGAAGAACCCGAGGAAGUUCCGGCGACUAAGCCUGGAGCUCGGCCAGCGACAUCGAAGAAGUCGCCGACGCCUAAAAAGGCAACAAGAGCGAAAAAGGUCUCUACACCGACCGAGGUGACACCCAAGAAGGCGACGAGAGCGAAAAAAGUCUCAACACCAAUCAAGCUCACACCCAAGAAGUCGACCAGAGGAAAAAAGAUUCCGACGCCUCCAGCUUCACCUGAAAAGGCGCCAACGCCUAAAAAAGCGACUAGAGCUAAGAAGGUCGUCACACCUACAAAUGUUUCUCCUGAAAAGUCACCGGUACCUAAAAAAGCGACAAGAGCCAAAAAAGUUGUGACUCCGAACGCCGCAUCUCCUAAAAACUUACCCACAUCUAAGGUAACAAGAUCGAAAAAGGUCGUAAAUGCUACACCUAAGAAAACUACCGCCAAGAACCUUACAGUAGUCAUCAAGAAACUCCGCGUAGUCGUGGCCGCAAGCCCGAAACCGACUCGACGCGCUAAAAAGUCCGUUACAAAGAGUCCGCUUCCCAAAUCUCCUGCGACUAAACAGUCGCGGUCAAAGAAUGCAACGCCAAGUCCCGCUCCAGUCGUAGAAAAACGCAGUCGCAAGCAACCCGCGGCAUCGCCAGCUAAUAAAAAGGCCGUGCGAGUAAGUCUGGUCUUGCCCAAGCCAUCGCCAGUUCUCAAGCCUCAACCCGCCGCUAGAGCGAAGAGGUCUAAGAUUGAAGCUGAAGCUGAGUCCCCCAAGAGAGCCUCGACGAGAGCUCGGCACCCUGCAGCCGGCGACGCCCCCGCCGGGCCCCGCGGGCGCAGAGACCUCGGAACGACAAAGGGUAAAGCCUCGCCGAAAAGAGUGACUCCACAGGAAGCAAAAGCCACACCGGAGCCUAAGAAGGGUCGCAGAGCACCUGCGACCCCGAAGGAUGAAGAGGCUGGAAAGGCUGCUAAAGCCCCGGCGCCUAAAGGAAACACUGAACUCCCAGCCACGCCCGAGCCCAGGAGAAAGGGACGAAAAGCCCCGGCUACUCCGGAAGCCAAGAAAAAACAUGCCAAAGCGACGCCGGAGCCUAAAAAGGGUCGCAGAGCGGCCCCGAGCCCUAAACCCACCCCCGAACCCAAGAAAAAGCCUGCUAAAGUGGUGAGGCCGGAACCUAAAAAGGGGCGUAAAACCGCCACGAAAGAGCAAGUAGAUGAGCCUGUGCCUAAACGAGGACGCAAAACUGCUGUUGAAGUUGUCAAGAGUCCGCCGGCGCCGCGGAGAGCCGCCAGGGCGGAGGCCGCCCCGAACCAAGCUGCCAAGCCUAGAGGCAAGAAGGUGACAAUAGUUGAGCCCGAGCAGAGCCCGCCGCGAGGCCGCAAGAGGAAAAACGAUUCAUCAGGAGACAAGAAGAAGGAGCCCUCGCCCAAGAAGCCGCGCGCCGGCCGCCCCGCCGCCGCCGCCAGCUUUGCCAAGAAAUCUGAAUAA